GCUCUCUCGCUCGACGUCGAGACAGCUUGGCACACUCGCUCGCACCAGCACUCGCCCCGAAGCACGAAACCGCACCGCGUGCGCCCGCCGUCGCUGCCUUCGUCCUCGUCAUCACCUCCCCACACCUCCCCCCGACUCGCUUCUCACACACGGCACUAGCACCCGCACAACCAGAAUCGUCAUGGCCGAGUACGACACCCCGCUCGUGGUCGACAACGGUACCGGCUUCGUCAAGUGCGGCUAUGCUGGAUCCAACUUCCCGGCCCAUACCUUUCCCUCCCUGAUCGGCCGUCCCAUCUUGCGCGCCGAGGAGCGCGGCCAGAGCGCCACGACGGCGGCGAUCAAGGACAUCAUGGUCGGCGACGAGGCGUCCGAGUACCGCUCGUACCUCCAGCUGUCGCAGCCGAUGGACCACGGCAUUGUCAAGAACUGGGACGACAUGAAGAUCCUGUGGGACUACACGUUCCAGGAAAAGCUCAAGGUCGACACGCAGGGCCGCAAGAUUCUCCUCACCGAGCCGCCGAUGAACCCGCUCAAGAACCGCGAGAAGAUGGCCGAGGUCAUGUUCGAGGAGUACGGCUUCGGCGGCAUCUACGUCGCCAUCCAGGCCGUCCUCACGCUCUACGCCCAGGGCCUCCAGUCGGGCGUCGUCGUCGACUCAGGUGACGGUGUGACGCACAUCGUCCCCGUGUACGAGGGCUUUGCGCUCCCGCACCUCACCAAGCGCCUCGACGUCGCCGGUCGCGACGUGACUCGGUACCUCAUCAAGCUCCUCCUCAUGCGGGGCUACGCCUUCAACCGCACGGCCGACUUUGAGACGGUUCGGCAGAUCAAGGAGAAGCUGUGCUACACGAGCUACGACCUCGACCUCGACAAGCGGUUGAGUGAGGAGACGACGACCCUCGUCGAGAACUACGAGCUUCCGGACGGUCGCGUCAUCAAGGUCGGCUCUGAGCGCUUCGAGGCACCCGAGUGCAUGUUCCAGCCGCACCUCGUCGACGUCGAGCAGCCCGGUGUCGCCGAGCUUCUCUUCAACACGAUCCAGGCUGCGCCGGUCGACGUCCGUCAGGAGCUGUACAAGCACGUCGUGCUCUCGGGCGGCUCGUCCAUGUACCCGGGCCUGCCGUCGCGCGUCGAGAAGGAGAUGAAGCAGCUCUACCUCACGCGCGUCCUCAACGGCAACCCGGAGCGUCUCUCUAAGUUCAAGAUCCGCAUCGAGGACCCGCCCCGGCGCAAGCACAUGGUCUACCUCGGCGGCGCCGUCCUCGCCGACGUGCUCAAGGACAACACGAGCUUCUGGGUCACCAAGGAGGAGUGGGAGGAGCAGGGCGUGCGCGCGUUGGACAAGCUCGGGCCGAGGGAGUAGAGUUGGGCGACGCGCAAUGGACCCUUCUGUGACUCUGUGA